CCAGCCGCCCCUGGUCCCGCCCCCGGCAGCGGGCCCCCUCCAGCAGCUCCGGUGCCCCCCGGCGCCCCUAGACCCCGGCCCUCAGCACCUGGGCAGGAGGCAGGGAGCAACAGCAGAGGCAGGAGGACGAGGAGGAGGAGGAGGAGCCGUCGCAGGAUGAAGGAUCGGACUCAGGAGCUGCGGAGUGCGAAAGACAGUGAUGAUGAGGAGGAGGUGGUCCAUGUUGACCGGGACCACUUUAUGGAUGAGUUCUUUGAACAGGUGGAAGAGAUCCGGGGCUGCAUCGAGAAACUGUCGGAGGAUGUGGAGCAGGUGAAAAAACAGCAUAGUGCCAUCCUGGCCGCCCCCAACCCAGAUGAGAAGACCAAACAGGAGCUGGAGGACCUCACAGCAGACAUCAAGAAGACGGCCAAUAAGGUUCGGUCCAAGUUGAAAGCAAUCGAGCAAAGCAUUGAACAGGAGGAGGGGCUGAACCGUUCCUCCGCGGACCUGCGCAUCCGUAAGACCCAGCACUCCACACUCUCCCGGAAGUUCGUGGAGGUAAUGACCGAAUACAACGCGACCCAGUCCAAGUACCGGGACCGCUGCAAGGACCGGAUCCAGAGGCAGCUGGAGAUCACCGGAAGGACGACGACUAAUGAAGAACUGGAAGACAUGCUGGAGAGCGGGAAGCUGGCCAUCUUCACGGAUGAUAUCAAAAUGGACUCGCAGAUGACAAAGCAGGCGCUGAACGAGAUUGAGACGCGGCACAACGAGAUCAUCAAACUGGAAACCAGCAUCCGUGAGCUGCAUGACAUGUUUGUGGACAUGGCCAUGCUCGUGGAAAGCCAGGGUGAGAUGAUUGACCGUAUUGAGUACAACGUGGAACAUUCUGUGGACUACGUGGAGCGAGCUGUGUCGGACACCAAGAAAGCUGUGAAAUAUCAGAGCAAGGCCCGGAGGAAGAAAAUCAUGAUCAUCAUUUGCUGUGUGGUGCUGGGGGUGGUCUUGGCGUCGUCCAUUGGGGGGACGCUGGGCUUGUAGACCCCACACCCCGUCUCUCCCAGACCCCUCCCCCACCACAUUGGGAGCAAUACCCCCACCAUCCCUUUCACUCCAUCCCCUGCUCCAGGCUCACCCCUAAGACAGACCCAGGCAGCCCCAUCCCUUCCUCCACCCCCACGUCAGACCCUGGAGUUCCUGGUCCUCACCCUGACAUAGACCACUGCCCCCUUCCCCCGCACGUAGAUAGCAGCAGGCGUGAGUACACAUGCACACCAACAUGCAUGCCGCCGGCACAUGCUUGAGACGUGUGGAUACCCCAGCGUGUGCGUGUACGUGUGUAGAUGUGUGUAGAUGCACCACAUUGCCCCCCGUCCCCCCCGAAGUCUGUGUGUGGCCUGAUUUCCCCCCUCACCCCGGGGUGUUGUGUAGACUGUGGUCGAGUAUAACACAGCAGCCCACCAAGUCCUGCUCUGUCUUCUCUGUGUGUGUGUGUGUCUGUACAUAGAUCCAUGGACACAGCAUUUGUGUACGUGGAGUUUUGUGUUUGAAUCUAAUGCAACAGCACUUCCCCCACUGGCAUCCCUAACCUGUGUCUGCUACAGAUGGGGCAGGUGGUGUGUACAGAGGCUCACAUUCACAUUACUAGAGGAUCCAGUUUGUCCAAAUACACAGGGGCCCAUGGUGGACACCCAGCGUGAUGUGGAGCAGACCCUCCUGGGCUGUUACGUGUCCUGGGGAGGGAGAGAGAGAGAGAGAGAGAGAGUGUGUGUGUGUGUGUGUGUGUGUGUGUGUGUGUGUGUGUGUGUAAGCCGAUGGGGUUCAGCCGAAGUGGGUGGACACAUACACGUGGAACUAACCUAGCUCAGCCUGUAUAUAUAUGUGAAUUUCCCCCCAUAGGUAGCAGAGACUGUGUGAGGGACAUGUGUCUCAGGAGGUACCUGAACUGUCGAUAGGUCUUCUCCUCCCCACAAUUUGUACUGGACAUCUGUUUUGGGUGGACACAGAAAUCUAUAUUUCUAUUCUACCUAGAAUACAGUAGUGUGAAUGUGUGUGGGGGGGAGAGCUUUCUAAAUAGUGUGUUUCUGCCCCACUGUGUACUCUGCAUAUACACACAUGUUUAUCUUGAAGGAUAUGUAACCCAGCCAAGUUUGACCAUCUGUAUUUGUUUGCCCCUCCCCAAGAGCUGCUUGCCAGUAUGUGGUCAUGAGCGUACACACUGAUCCAGCAAUAUUGGGCAACCGGGGCUCCCUGCCCUGCAAGGCCUCAGGGGCUCUUGCACACAUGCCCGGGUCCUUAUCUUCUCUCUGUCUCUGCCUGUGGGGAGGCUGGCACCAUGAAAGUUGGUACCCCUCAGAGCACACACACAUGCCAAGGCUGAGGAGGACCCGUGAAGGUGGCUACACCCAGGCACCCACAUACAUGCCAGAGCCCAUGAGCAUGCAACUGUUGGCAUGGUGACUGUACAGGCCUGCACCCAUGCACACACAAAUGCCUCCUGGAGCAGCUUUUUGUGGCAAUGUCAUCCAGGAGGCAAGGUGUGGAGGGCUGUCCCAGGCAGAUUGAAAAUCAGAGCCCCGCCCCUUCCUGCCUGUGCCACCUCCCACGUACUUACCUGGAAGAAGCCACUGUUUGUCCCCACUGCUCGAAUCUCACCCCCUGGGCUCCAUCUCAGGGACCUUGGGUUUGCAGAACUGGUUAUUUCAGACGUACUGGAGUGGCCAGUGUGGCAGCAACCACUCAGGGCGGGCUAGGUCCCAUCCGCUGAACACCUCUCCUGCUAAAAUGUCAGUGAUAGACGCUCCCCCAACCAGGGCGAGAUUGAGAGUGGGACUCAGGCCUGAGUUUCUGAUGGUGAGGAAAGGGCCAGCUCCUCCCUCAUUGUGUCUUGAGAUACGCUCACGCUCACACAUUCUUCAGCCAACCAGGUGAGUUUGUGUUUUUGGUGACAGGUAGGUGGUAUACAGGGCAGAAGACAAUGUUAGAAGCCCUUCUCUCCAUGCCUAGGAAAAUGGACUCACAGGUUGAAGACAAGUACAUGAACGUGCUGUGCCCUGGGGUGGGCUGUACAUGUGUGCAAGGUGAGGGACUCAGGUGUGUGUAUGGAUUUCCCAGGGUCCUAUAGCAAGGGGGAAGCAUGUGUGGAUGUUGUAUGGUGUGAGUGAAUUUGAAUGUAAUUUCCCAGAACCCGAUGCGCCUCCCCACCCUUGCCCUGGCUCAGACAGACUGCCUCUCCUCUGUCCCUCCCCACUCUGGCCUGUGUGAGUGUCUGUGUGGCCAUGUGUGUAAUCCCCCAGGUCGGCUGUCCUGAGGAGGCCAGCCAGCCUGUCCAUUCCCAGAAUGCCGUUCUGAAGACAGGUGUCUAACUGCCCUGUGUCUGACUGCCAGUUCCGCUCCUAUCUCAGGCUCCUUUGGGCAUACCAGAGCAGGACCCAGCACCCCCCGCCCCCCACCUUCUUCCUUGGGGCUGCAAGAGGAGGACGGAGCUGUGGCUGGAGUGAUGCUACUGCCUCCUUGAGUAGUAUUAGGCCCACAGCUGCCCAUCUCUGGGCCCGGUUGGACCAGGGGACCCAGAGGGUCUGCUGUGCCCUAACAUUCCACAAGCUGCACACAUCGUAUGAUGUGUUUGCUUGUUGGCUGCUGUGUGUGUCCUGGAAUGUUGUCUGGGGGCUGACGUCUUUUGCAUGCUCUUGGACAAGCGUGUGCUGUCCACCCUCCGUGCACCUACAACCAUCAAGCCCAUGUGUGCCCUGUGGAUGGUCCCGGGCCUGGCCAGAGCUCUAUGCUCCCCUCUUCCCUUCGUCCCAGCCCUGCCUCUCACAAAGCACACUGCGUGUCCAUCCCAUGUGCCCGUGGGUUGAUGCACGCUCUUGCCACGCCUUGAGCGUGUACAUAUGAUGUGUUCUAUGCAUUCACCCUGCCUCCUUCCAGCCGACCCCACAGAGGACAAGAUGGCUGGCUCCCGCUCCUUUCUCCCCGCCCGUCUCUUGCCUGCUGUGGAGCUCUGUGCGUUGGCGUGUUU